GAUUAAAAACUUAUCCGAAAACGAAUAAAAUUUUGCCGAUUUUCUUCCUCACAAUGUAGCGGAAUAUUAAAGUAUGACUUACAAGCUAAAACAGAGCGCAUGUCAACGUAACUCUACCGUACGUAAUGAAUAAUAAAACACUAUCUCUAUUACGAGUUAAUUUACAAAUUAUCCUAAUUUGAAUAUAGUAUUCGUUUUUAAUGGCUUUUGGUUCGAACUUUGAAGCUCUAGGUACAGUUGAUUAUAAAAUUGCAUAAUCGUCUCUUUGUUGUAGCAAAUUAAUGUCCAGCCUUAGACAUUCAGGUACCUAGACUCGAACAGGGGAGUGCAAAAAACAACCACCAUACCUUUAAUACCUAUUCGCGACAUAUGUUUGUGCUGAUUGACUGAUAAUCUUGAAAAUUUGUAACCGUAUUAUUACACAUUGUAUUUCAACCCUAAACAAUAAAUAAUAAAAUAAAAAUGAAUCUCAUCACAAACAGUUGGAAAGUUUUCACCUGGCUAGGACUUUUCAGACCGAUUAAAUGGAAAGGAUUGAAAGCGCGAAUUUACGAUUUAUGUACACUUAUUGUUUUAUUUUUUAACUAUUCAUUUUUUGUAUGCGGCAUUAUGGAAAUCGAUUAUGCUCAUUUUAAUUUUCUUGGCGAUAUUGAUCUUAUCACACUAAUACUGCAAUACAUUGAAAAUACACCAAAGAUUGUUUGUAUGCUACUGAACCGUAGUGAUCUAAUAGAAAUAGAAUACAAACUUUCAAAUGAUCAUUUUGAGAUAAAAGACGAUGAUGAAAAAAAAAUUCAAACGAAAUACGACAAAUUUAGCAGGUUUGUUCUCCUAUGUUACGCGGCGUUACAAACAGCAUCUCUUGUAUAUUACACGACAGGACGUAUCCUUGCCAUGGAAUCACCAAUCAUCCUACCUUAUAGAGGGAGAAUACCAUACAAUUAUUCCAACAGUCAUAAUAUUUAUAUGUUGACUGCUCUUGAUCAACUUUUCUCUGUGUCCAGUCUCAUUUGUAUAAACGGCGCAUUCAAUUUAGUCUUCACUUCAACGAUGUAUCAAAUUUGUACUAAAAUUCAGAUACUCAAACAUCGUUUCAAAAUUAUCAUGGAGCAAUUGGCCGAUAAUGUUCAAACGGAUGACCCUGUUGAAGAUAUUGCGAAAAAGACAAUGGUGAUGACUGAAAAAUAUCAAGAUCAACUUAUCGCUAACUGGGUGGAAAGUCAUAAUGCACUUUUAAGCUUGUAUGAUUUUACGAAAUCUGUUUUUGCAAAAGCUGUUUUCAUUCAUUAUGUCAUCAAUUCGAUAGUAAUGUGUACGCUUGCGUAUAUCCUAAGUCACUGCGAAAUAGACAACAUUUUUAUUGGUAACGUGUUUUAUUUUUCUGUUAAAUGUACGCAACAAUAUUUGCAAUGUUCUUCUGCUCAUCAAAUUACUUUGGAGUUUGAAGAUCUUCGUGAUAUGAUUUUUAGCACCAACUGGUUUGCUGCAAGAAUAACUAUUCAAAAGUCAAUUAUUAUAAUAAUGUCAAAGUCAAUAAUACCAGUUGAGUUUGUUAGUGGAUACUUCGUAACUUUAUCGCUAGAUUCGUUCAAAAGAAUCCUCAAAUUGUCGUACACUAUUUAUAAUGUACUUGAAGGGUAAUCUGUUCUCCGGAGAAAAAAGUAAAUAUGAAUCAUCUAAGAUCAUCAGUAAAAAAAAUUAUGCAGUAGGUAUUUGUAUUGUUUCUUAGAAAAAUUUGUUAAAACAAUGGAUAAAUAAUAAUUAUGAUUUUAUUAAAAAAUAAUUAAAUC